AACUUAUAGCUAUUUCUGUUUUUAAAUUGUCUCAAAAUAAAGGAAUAAAUGCAAUGUAUGUAUUAUAAUGAAGUAGAUUCAAACAUGAUUCGCUCAAUUUUUGGCUUUUGCAAAGCAUGUAAUAAUUUGAAAAUUGUCUUUUAUCGAUCACAAGAUUGGCACUGUAACUAUCUCAGCAAAUCAUCAGUGUAUAGAAGUAGGUCUGGAAAAAGAAAUGUAACCAAUUUUUCAAAAACAAAAAGUUGUUCCCAACAAUCUGUUCAAGAAGGGAAUUAUGAUGCUGAGAGUUUUUGGAAAAGCAUUGAACAUGACAUUGAAGAUGAAAAAACUUUGGAAUUACUUAAAUCUAGGCUUUAUGAAAAAAUGGAGGAUGUAGAAGAUGAUGAUCUUGAAAAAAUAUAUGAAAAUGACGUUGAUCAAACAGAAAAUACACUUAAAAAAAAGAAAAAUGUUAAAAUAACUUUAACUUCAAAGUAUGCUGAAAAUAAUCAGUUAACUCAUCAAGCUGAAAACAAUGUUCUGGCUGAAUGUGAUAUUUAUAUAUACUUAGGAGAGAUUACUCAAGCUUUUAACUUAUUUAACUAUCACCGUCGACAUGGUCAUAAAUUUGAUAUUGAAGGCUACAAUAAGAUAAUACAUGGAUGGGCUGUCCACAGGGAUGGGUGGAAAAAUAUUAAAGUUUUGUUACAAAAUAUUAAAAGUGAUGGUCUAUUGCCAAACUAUCAAACUUAUGCUGGGCUGUUAGUUGCUUGCAGUAACAUGGAUGAUAAAAAGAAAACAAAAGAAGUAAUCAAAGAUAUGCUGGAAAAGGGUUUUCAUUUAAAUAAUCUUUUCAAGAAUACUUGUUUAUCAAAGCCACAAAUAAUUGCUAUAUUGAAGGCAGUUAAUGAAGUUGAUCCUUGUUAUCUUGAUGGUAUUGAAGAAAAAAUUAGAUUUACAAAAGAAACAGUUUUUCAACCAACUACAGAUAAUGUUGUCAAUAUGAUAAAAGAACAAAUUAAUAAUGAAUUGCGUGGAAGUGUGAAAAUUAAAUCUGUUGAUAAAACAAAGCUGCAUAGUAAGAAAGCAAUAAGACGAGCUGAAUGGUAUAAACAAAUUAUUGAGCAAUGGAAGAAAGACUUUAUUCUUGAAAUAAUUAAUGCAAGUAACACCAAAGGAAGAAAAUCGUUUGCAAAUGAUCGAUUGGUAACUUUUACAAAAAUAUUUACAGCUGAAGAGCUGGCAGACAUUAUUUUUGAUGAUAUAUUUCCAUUACUUUGUGCUCAGCCUAAUGGGAUGGAUGUCAGUUUUUUAUGUCGCCAUCUUGGCAGAUUAUUAUUUGAAAGAUUUUGCUCUAAAUACAAGCAAAAAACAGGUGUUGUUGAGAAGGUGGAGAAAAUAGCUCAGUUAUACUGUACAAAUGAUGAGUCACUUUCAGUAAACAGUGAAUGUCCACGUCAAAAGUGGGAAAAAAUAAGUGAUUCACUGCCUUAUCUAUCUUCUGAGGAGCUUUUACCCACUUAUUGGCCAUCCAAACUACGAACUACGUUGGCUGGUUAUCUCCUUAAUAUACUGAAGAAUGUAGCUAAAGUGGAUACCAGUCUUUUUACACGAACUAAAGAGACAUCCAUUGAAUCUUGUGUAGUUCACUCUCACAACCAAGACGGUUAUAAGUUAAUUGGAAUCAUGAAAGUUCAUCCCCUUAUUAGUAGAUUGUGGCACAGUUAUUUAAAUCAACUUGGUGAGAUAUCAUUUGAAGUAAAUAAACUUCCUAUGGUUAUGCCUCCAAGACCAUGGGUUUCAUUGACUAGUGGCGCUUAUCUGCUGCUUCAUUCUGAUUUUGUACGUACUGUUAGUGGUCAAUACAAGUUGCAUGAACUUUCUAAAGCUUCAAAGGAAGGACAGCUAUCCCGAAUAUUUGACUCUCUUAACUACUUAGGUAAUUGUGGAUGGAAAGUUAACACAAAAAUAUUAGACAUAAUGCUUGAGAUGUUUAACAACAAAGGAGAUAUGAAACUUGAUAUUAUUGGUCCUAUUGAAACGAUGAUGCAGCAAUAUGAUUACAAAGAAGAUAUGACUGCAAUAGACAAAAAAACAAAUAAACGAUUAAAGAAAAAACUACAUCAUGAGUUAUUUGCUCUGCGUAUGGAUUUAUUAUACAAACUUUCAAUAUCUAAUCAUUAUCGCGACAAAAUCUUUUGGAUACCCAAUAAUCUUGAUUUUAGAGGCCGGGCAUAUCCAAUUGCUCCACAUUGUUCACAUAUAGGUUCUGAUGCUGCUCGUGGUUUAUUAUUGUUUGCAAAAGGUAAAAAACUUGGGGAAAAUGGAUUAAAUUGGAUUAAAGUACAUUUAGUAAAUGUUCAUGGUCAUUUAAAAAAGUCAUCAUUAAAAGAACGAAUAGAAUAUGCUGACAAUCAUCUUGAAGAAAUUAUGGACUCAGCUGAUAAACCUUUAACGGGUAAGCAAUGGUGGAGAGAAGGAACUGAUCCUUGGCAAACUUUAGUUGCAUGUAUAGAGAUAACAAAUGCUUUGCGCUCUCCAGAUCCAUCUUCUUAUGUCACUUAUGCUCCUGUUCAUAUGGAUGGCUCUUGUAAUGGUCUUCAGCAUUAUGCUUCACUUGGACAAGACAGCUACGGAGCUAGACAGGUAAACUUGACACCUGCUGACAAGCCACAAGACGUUUAUUCAGAAGUAGCACUUUUAGUUGAAAAAGCGAGACAACGUGAUGCAAGCAAAGGUGAUACUUUAGCGAAAGAGCUAGAUGGAAAGAUCACAAGAAAAGUUGUAAAGCAAACUGUUAUGACCGUGGUGUAUGGAGUCACCUUUGUAGGUGGGCGUUUGCAAAUUGAAAAACAAUUGAAAGAAAUGGGUGUUAGUAAUGAUAUUAUAUUUAAGGCGUCUGUAUAUAUUGUGAAGGAAGUGUUUAAAAGCCUUCAGGAGAUGUUUACUUCAGCCAGGCAAAUUCAAGACUGGCUCACAAAUUCAGCUUCUCAAAUUGCACUAGCUGGCCAUUGUGUUGAUUGGGUUACUCCUAUGGGUCUUCCAGUUGUUCAGCCCUAUCACAAAGAAACUACAGAAAGGUUCAGGACCAAAAUACAAACUGUUUGUUCUUCUCACAAAUUUGACUACACACAAAUACCACACUUGACUAAACAAAAAGGUGGGUUUCCUCCCAAUUUUGUUCAUUCUCUAGAUUCUACUCACAUGAUGAUGACAUCGUUGCGUUGUGAGCAGGAAAAAAUGACAUUUGCAUCAGUACAUGAUAGUUUUUGGACACAUGCUUGUGACAUAGAUAAACUUAAUGAGUUUUGCAGGCAGGAAUUUGUUCAUCUACACGAGUUGCCAAUAUUAGAAGAUCUUAAAAAUCACUUUGAUAGAAAGUUCUCUGGUUUGCCUCUUCGUAAAGCAGUUCAUGGUUCAUCUGUUGCUAGCUUUAACCCACUUCCAAAACCAGGUACAUUUGACGUUCGUCAAGUACUCAACUCAACGUACUUCUUCAGCUAAUAACACGUGUAAACCAGUUAUCAGAAGUUUUUAGCUGUUAUUGUAUUCAAAUACAUUUAUAAUUCUUAAUGACGUCAAUGACUAUGUAAAUUUGUCAAUAUUGAAAUAAAAUCUCAAAAAUUA